AAAUGGGGGUAACCAAAGGUUGGGAAGGUUGAAUUGCCCCAAAAUGUCGGAGUCAACCAAGGCCAAGGCCGCUUUCCAGGCCCGGAGCGUUACGCGAAGCCUCCCGGGGGCUUCCUCCUCCAGGUGGGACCCUUUGGCCACCAAGUUGACCCCAAGGUUGCCCCCUCCCAACCCCCUCCCCGUGCAGAAGUUCGGGAGGAUGACCCUGUCCUACGCCUCCAACCCGAGGAGAGAGGCCAUGGCCGCCGUUUUCCUUCCCGGGAAUCUCCAAGACGAAGCCACCUGCUCCGUUUGUUUGGAAUUCUUCCGGGACCCCGUAUCCAUCGAGUGUGGGCACAACUUUUGCCGGGCUUGCAUCGUCAAGAGUUGGAAGGACCUUGAGUUGGAUUUCCCUUGCCCCCAAUGCCGGGAGGUCUUCCAAGAGAAGAGUUUCCGACCCAACCGGCAGUUGGCCAACAUGGCCGAGAUCAUCAGCCAGUUCACCCUCCGAGGGGCCAAAGGUGUUGAGGAGGAGGGGCUUUGCCUCAAGCACCGAGAAGCCCUCAAACUCUACUGCAAGGAUGACAAGAAGACCAUCUGCGUGGUCUGCGACCGCUCCCGGGACCACCGCCCCCACGUCGUGGUCCCCGUGGAUGAGGCCUCCGAGGAGUUCAAGGAGAAGAUCCAAGGUCGCUUGGACUUCCUGAAGAAGGAGCGUCAGGAGCUGCUGGAGUUCAAAGUGAACGACGACAAAAAAACCCAGGAGCUCCUGAAAACGAUCGAGCAGGAGCGCCGGAAGCUGCUGGCGGAGUUCGAGCGGCUGCGUCGGUUCCUGCAGGACCAGGAGCAGAUCCUGCUGGGCCAACUAGAGAAGAUGGAGAAGAACAUUGCCAAGAGGCAGAACGAGAACAUCACCGACCUCUCCAAGGAGAUCACGCUCCUCAACAAGCUCAUCACGGAGCUGGAGGAGAAGCUCCAGCAGCCCAUGUUGGAGUUCCUCAAGGAUGUGAUGACCAUCAUCAGCAGAAGUGAGGAUGUGAAGUGCCAGAAGCCCCUCCCGGUCUGCACCGACAUGAAAAUGGCUGUUUGUGAUUUUUCCCUCAAAACUGUUGUCCUGGAGAAAGUCCUAAAGAAAUUCAGAGAAGAGCUUCGGGACGAGCUGGGAAAAGGUGAAAAAGAUGCGGCCUCCUCAACCCAAGAGCUGAUUUUUAGUAGCUGACGCCGGGGAUUCUGGGAGCUCAGCCAGGUCCUUGCUUAGAUUUCAGGAAAGUCCAGAAAGAGCAGAUCUGACUCCUCCCCCCCCAACCCCAAA